GCAUAUCAUCUACCAAGGCCUAUCAACCUUAAGCAGCAACAUAAACAUCAAAACCUCAUACCACAGACACAUAAACCGACGAACUACAACCCAAGCCUCUCCCACAGCGCACAAACUCUCCAUCAUGCCCUCAUACCGAAAAACACCUCUCUUUGGCGGGGCACUCACAGCAGAGCUCCCCACCACCUUCGCAGACGUCAGCACGAUCCGUCAAGUCCCCGAUAACCAAGAAGUCUACCUGGACAAAGAGGGAUUCACAAGCAUCAUCUUCGACAUCACCGAGCGCGUCGGCCCCGCUGGCAGCACUGACGCCACCGAUGGCGCUGCGCUGACCAUCCACCUCGAGGACAUUGUCGAUUCCGACUCUGAUCUGCUCAAAGUCUGGAGCACGACUGAUACGCAGUUCUCCAACCUACCACCCGACACCCCAGCCUACACCCUGAUCGCGACGCAAACCCCGCGGCCAGACCCAGAAGCGCGCAACCCGGCGCCGGAUUUCACAGCCAUUGUGCUGAAUCUGAUCCGUCUGGAGAGGGAGAAGACGGAUGUGCUGAUUACGAUUAAUGUGCCGCAUAUCAAGGGGGAGUAUUCGGAGGAGGAUGUGGAUCUGGAGUUGGGGAGGCAGGGGAAGCUGAUUAGUAAUGCAGUUGAGUAUGCGUCGGUGAUUUGGGAGAGCUUAAAGAUUAGGGAUUGGGGGCUUUUUGAUGAGGCUUAGGUGUGUGGUGGUUGGGAGGUAGGGAGAGGAUGCGAGGAGGAGGGCGGGAGAUUGGAGAUUUGAAUGAUAUAAGCAAGUAUGCUUGAGGGAAGGCUAUGGAAAUGGCAGAAGGAUAGGAAGGGGGGGGAGGGAUGCGGGGGGUGGCGAGGUUGUGGUUUUGAAUGAUAUAAGCAAGUAUGCUUGACGGAAGGUUGUGGAAGUGGCAGAAGGAUUGGGAAAGGGUGGGA